AGUUCACCCGCAGCACCCUGACUGCAGGUGCCAAGUCACAACUGCAAAGAAACUUCCUCUUCUCGAGCGGGGGUGGGACUUGGCCGGGUCCCGAGGCCCCUGGCUGACGGGCUCGGACGUUAGGAGCAGAACCAGCUCCAGGUCCCGGUCUGUCCGGGCGUCGCUGCCCUCCGAAGCUCAGGCCGGACGCCCCCAGUCCCUGGCCGAGCAAGGCGCCGCGGCCCACCCACCCCGGUACCCGCCGUUCGACCCCGUUGCCCUGCACCUGAGGAUGUUGUCAGCAUAGGUCCUUGAUUAUCGGCGAGUCACUGAGGUUCCGAGAGAGGUGUCUCUGCUAAGGCAAACAGCGACCCAGCCACCUCCCAAGGUCUGACCUCCGCCAAGGUGACGCGGCGUAAAGUCAACCGGCGGAAGGGGAGUCGGACGAGACGCGUGCGUGGGAGCGCGCAUGAGCGUACGUGGGAGCGCGCAUGAGCGUACGUGGGAGCGCGCAUGAGCGUACGUGCGCGUGCGCGUGCGCUCGAGCGCGUCAUCGCCUAGGACGGUGGCGAGUGUGUCUGGAGCUGUAAACGUGUUACAGGUAUCGCUCGCUACCCUCCUCCUUCGCCCCUCCUUUCCUCCUUUACAGUGAAAUCCAGUCAGGGUUGAAUUUCGAGAGGGGAGUCCGAGGACUUAGGGCCUGAUUUCUUUUUCUGUCGCCAUGCUGCUUCAGGUGUGUACAUGUGUGGUGGUGACUGAGGCAGUACAGGGAGUGACUACACCCUAUUACUCCCGCUCCUGGCCUUUGUGGUACCCUUGAAGUGAUCCACCAGUCCUAACCCCUCCUUCCACAGAUGAUUCAAUUGGAGAAGUUUAGAGGAGUGGAAAGACUCGCCCCCUUCCCCCAGUCUUGGUCACAGAGUCUGUUUCCAACCCACAUAUCCAGACGCUCAGUCUAGGGCUCUUGGCCCUGGGUGGCGUUUUGAAAAGGCUCGUUGUCCUUAAUUAUUGAAGAUUGAUAAAGCCCACUUACUUACUUAAGAGAAUAUGCCCUGAAAUGUGUUUUCUGUGCCACUGACACCAGAAAUGCUAUUUAGAAGAAGUUAUCAGUAAUCCUGACAAAGGAUGCUUCCUGCAACUCAUAUCAGGCUGGAGGUGCCUUUAUAUUUUUCACUGAAUUACUGUUUUGGUGAAUCGAAUGAAUCAUCAAUUCAUUUAUUUGUCUUCAAAUGUCUGAGGGCACUUACAGUCUAGAAAAGGAGAUAAGUUUAAACAGGUAGUUUGAUGUUAAGGUAUAAAUUGAAAUUAUGUACCAUUUUCCCUGUGUUCAUUAGCAGCUCAUAUCAAGCACCCAAAGGAACACCUUGGAUGUUUUUCCUUAGGCCCUUAAGCUAUUUAAAAGAAUACCUCCUAGAUGUGUUGUGGUCUUUCACAGGAAAGUGUUUCUGAUCAUCUGAAUCUCAAUCAUGUCCAAUUGCCUGCAAAAUUUCCUCAAAAUUACAAGCACUCGUCUUCUGUGUUCAAGAUUAUGCCAACAGUUAACAAGAAGUAAAAGGAAGUUUUUCGGAACUGAGCCAAUAUCCAGAUUGCAUAGGCGAGUUGUCAUUACCGGCAUUGGCUUAGUGACUCCUCUUGGUGUUGGAACUCACUUGGUUUGGGAUCGUCUUAUCGCAGGAGAGAGUGGAAUUGUUUCACUGGUUGGUGAAGAGUAUAAGAGUAUCCCUUGCAGUGUUGCUGCUUAUGUGCCAAGAGGUAGUGAUGAAGGUCAGUUCAAUGAACAAAACUUUGUGUCCAAAUCAGAUAUCAAGUCCAUGUCUUCUGCCACCAUCAUGGCCAUUGGGGCUGCAGAAUUAGCCAUGAAGGAUUCUGGCUGGCAUCCUCAGUCAGAAGCUGAUCAAGUGGCUACUGGUGUUGCAAUUGGCAUGGGAAUGAUUCCUCUUGAAGUGGUUUCUGAAACUUUUUUGAAUUUUCAGACAAAAGGUUACAAUAGAGUUAGCCCAUUUUUUGUCCCUAAGAUUCUGAUCAAUAUGGCAGCAGGCCAGGUCAGCAUUCGAUAUAAACUCAAGGGCCCAAAUCAUGCGGUAUCCACAGCCUGUACCACAGGAGCUCAUGCUGUGGGAGACUCUUUUAGAUUUAUAGCCCAUGGUGAUGCUGAUGUGAUGGUGGCUGGAGGUACAGAUUCUUGUAUUAGCCCUUUAUCUCUUGCUGGGUUUUCCAGAGCCCGGGCUCUGAGCACAAACUCAGAUCCCAAGUUGGCCUGUCGACCAUUUCAUCCAAAGAGAGAUGGUUUUGUAAUGGGAGAAGGUGCAGCUGUGCUGGUGCUGGAAGAAUAUGAACAUGCUGUUCAAAGAAGAGCCCGGAUCUAUGCAGAAGUUUUGGGCUAUGGACUCUCAGGUGAUGCUGGUCACAUAACUGCCCCUGAUCCUGAAGGAGAAGGUGCCUUAAGGUGUAUGGCUGCUGCUUUAAAAGAUGCAGGUGUACAGCCUGAAGAGAUAUCCUAUAUAAAUGCACAUGCUACUUCCACACCAUUGGGAGAUGCUGCUGAAAACAAAGCAAUCAAACAUCUCUUCAAAGACCAUGCAUAUGCCCUUGCAGUUUCCUCAACUAAGGGAGCAACAGGACAUCUGCUGGGAGCUGCAGGGGCGGCCGAGGCAGCUUUUACCACAUUAGCUUGUUAUUAUCAAAAACUACCACCUACUUUAAACCUGGAUUGUACAGAACCAGAAUUUGAUCUCAACUAUGUUCCACUAAAGGCACAGGAAUGGAAAACUGAGAAAAGAUUUAUUGGCCUCACCAAUUCUUUUGGUUUUGGUGGUACUAAUGCAACACUUUGUAUUGCUGGAAUGUAGAAUGAAUCAUUUGUAAUUAAAUACUGAUUUUUAAAUGUUA